UGAUCAAAUCACAUGAUCAAACAAAUGGCUGUUAUAUGAUAAUGGAUACAGGAGGUACUGAAACUGGGGCUAGUGAUAAUGAUGUUUUGCAUGUAACAUUAGUGCAGGAAAGUACUCCUGUUAUUAUCACUGAGAAUGUAUUAGAUCGCCAUUAUCAGUAUCUCAAAGAUCCUUCUGGCUUCAGAGUAUACAAGCAGAGAUGGCUUCUUUUAUUUAUUAUAGCUCUUAUCAAUUUUACAAACGCUCUGUGACAGACAAGACAGCUCAUUACUACAAAAAAUCCAUAAUGGAAGUGAACUGGUUGUCCUUGGUAUUUUUAGUGGCUUCUGUUCCUAGUGGAUUUUUUGCUUCCUGGAUGCUAGAUACUAUUGGUUUACGUGCUAGUAUUAUCUUUGCGGCAUGGCUCAACUUAAUUGGCUGUUUGUUGCGUAACAUUACCAUUUUUAACUUCGUCUCUACUGAAAGCAAAUAUCCAGUUCUUCUCACUGGACAGAUAGUUGCAGCAUGUGGUCAAACCUUCAUAAUGUUUACUCCUGCUAAAGUAGCAGCACUUUGGUUUGCUGAUAGCCAGAGAGCUCUAGCAACUACAGUGGCUAGCAUGUCAAAUCCUUUAGGAAUUCUGGCUGCAAACUUGAUGUCUCCAUAUAUAGUAAAAGAUAAAAAUGACAUAUCAAUUUUGCUAUGGAUUUGUAGUGCAAUAAGCUUACUAGGUGUACUGAUGUCAAUGAUAUUUGUUAGAAAAUCUAUCCCCCCAACUCCACCAAGUCCUAGUGCAGCAUCUCAGUCGGAACCAUUUUUUAUUGGUAUUAAAAAGUUGAGAAAAAAUGGUGCGUUCUGGUUAUUGACUUUGUCUGUUGGCGGAGGUCUGGCACUGUUUACAGCUUAUACAACAUUUCUGGAACAGAUUCUUUGUCCACAAAACUAUGAUAAUAAUUUUGCUGGACUUAGCGGAGCUCUCAUGAUUGCUUUCGGAAUAGUAGGAGCUUUUGUUGCUGGACUCAUUGCUGACAAAACAAAAAAAUUUUCUGAAGUUACUAAAAUUGGUUUCUGUUUGAGUACUUUGUUUAGUAUAGCUUUUGUUCAAUUGGCUAGAUUCAGAGGUCAAGAUGUACUAAUUGCUGCAAGCAUUGCCUUAUUUGGUUGUUUUGGAUUUGCCAUUUAUCCAACUGCUUUGGAAAUGGCAGUUGAAAUUACUUACCCUGUAGCAGAAGCCACCAGUACUGGUCUCAUUUUUCUGUCUGGGCAAAUUCAAGGUAUUAUUAUAAUGCUAAUAGCACAGUUUAUUGCCCAGCCUCUUUCUGCCCAUGAUGCAGCUUUACCUAAAGCUUGUCCACAAGGCGGUAGUUUUGACCCACAGGAUUGGACAAUACCAAAUCUCAUGGUCAAUGGAUUAGGUGUCUUCUAUUGUGUUGUGAUCACUUUACUGUUUCAUGCAAAGUACAAAAGAAUGAAUGCUGAAAUGAUGGCCAAAGCUAAAAGUACUUUAAAUGGCAAGUUACAUAGUGCUGUUAACUAGUUUUGUAUACAGUUUUAAGUAUUAUAAUUCUCAUUUUAUUUAUUUUAUAAAAAAAAAAUGGAGAAAAUGUUGUUGAAUUUUUUUUUAGUAUGUAACUAACUUGCAACAUAAUUUCAUGAAAAUAAUUUGCCACAUUUUUUACAAAAAAAAAAAGUUUUUAAUAAAUUACAUGUUUGCAAUGAUGAAAAUUGCACAAUUAUUAAAUUGCUAUUGUAAAAUAUAAUACAAUAAAUAAAAUAUUUAUACAAAAGCAAUUGUAAAAGGAGUUUUAAUAUAACUACUAAAUAUACACUCCAAUUGUAAAAGAAUAUGUCUAUUCCUCUGGAGAAGGUUAAGUGAAAGUUUCUUAUCUAGACUGAUCUAGAUUUAAAACUGAUUGGUCCAAGAAUUUUUCUUAUGGGCUACAACUGAUGGGCUAAAGAAAUGUGAGGGCUUUGGAUUAAAUAUGCAUAAAAGGCCCCUAUAGAUCAAAAUUACAUUAAAGGAACAAAGAUAUUUCAUCCUUUAUAGCUACUUUAAUUUAAGGAACAGAGUGAUAGUGUGUUAAAAUGUGGACUGUUUCCUUUAGAGGGAGGAAAUUAAAAAGUUAUAAUUUUUACUUGAGCAAAACCUGGGUAUCAGCUAAUAUAUAAAUAUACAUUCAUAUUUAUUCAUUUAAUAUUUACAUUUAAUUUUGAUGUUACCGUUAUAUAUUUCUUUUCCAGAUAAUUUCAGGUUUCCAAAUUUUUGAAUGUAUUGUUUAUUAGACUCUGUUUUUUGUUAACAAAACUGGUUCAAGGAAUCAGGUUUCAGUGCUUUAUAAACUUUAUUCCGAUGUUAACCAAUUUAUAGCUAUGCUUACUAUAGGAUGUUUGUUAAAUUUUCUUACUGAUUCUCAUUUCAUGUAUUUACUAUGUACUAAAAACAAAAAGGUGUGCCUCAUAUGUGAAAAGUAUUUUUCCCAAAAUUAAAUCAUUUUUUAAUGAAUAGGUUUAUAAAUAUUUUAUUUACACAAUUCUAGGCAGCACUAAUUAUAAUGAUAAUAAUUUACAUUAAUGUGUGUACUUUAUUUCUUCUAGUACUUUUCAACAUCUUGGAUCUUUUUAAUGCAUAAAUGUGUUUUCAAUAGGAGAAACCACUGCUGUUACUUUUGUUGUUGCUCUUCAUUUGAUUAAAAUGUCUUUCAAUCUGUUCUAUUUAUUUAGCUCAAGUAAGGGAUGAGGGCAUGAUUACUUGGUUAAGCAUUAGGCUUAAGGAUUUUUACUUGAAAUCAUAUGCCAGUUGACUUAGCUUUGAAAGGGUAUUUUGCCACAGUAAGGUCAUUAUGCUGGCUACAGCUUAGGUGACUGGUCAUUAUGCUGGCCACAUAAACUUUGUUGUUUAAAAAAAAAAACUGGCCCUUAGCAGUUAACCAUUUUAUAGCUCCAUAUGGACCUUACAUUAGUUUUUACUUUCUCUGUAAUCAUAAGAAUUAACAGCUACAGAAAUUAUUAUACAUAAUUUUCAAAAAGGUUGGUAAAAGGGUACCCCUUUUCAGACUUUGGGAUCAGAUGAUGUUAACAUGUUUAUAUGACUCACGGAUGAGGGUGUCAUGUAGCCAGCACAAUGACCAACUGCUUUUACUUCCCCAACAUUGGUCAGGUACCCAGUAGAGUUGGGUGAACUCAUAUGCAUCCUAAACAUUGUAAAGUUCAAAAUCUGAGUUUUCACUGGGAUUCUAAUGUGUGACCUAGGGCAUGGCCAAUAUAACUUCAAUGUGCCAUAUUCCAUUGUUACAUACUGAAGGUUUAAUUCUAAGCGUUAUCCAAUCAAAUUUGAUAACAAUUUGUAUUUGUCAUGUUUGUAUAUUUUAAAUUUAUUUUUAUGCUGCCAAUUUUUUAGUUAAUGUCUUCAAUGCAUACCAUUGAAUUGUAAAAAAAAAUAUUCUUUACUCAUAUUUCUCAUUCUGACAAUGUGGGUGCCAUGUUUUAAAUUACAACAUUUACAUCUGUUUUAAAUCAUUUUCUGUUCAAAAAAAAAAUUGUCUUAAUUAAUCAAGGCCAAUGCUUAUAUUGAGUUGCUUGUGGAAAACAAGACAUUCUUUUUUAUCUUUCUUAUCACAUUUAAUUAAUUAUUUUUUGUGUGAAUAAUAUGUAAAAACUGUUACAGUUUAUGCCAGAAUGUGUUAAAUUUCACUUCUAUGUAUUUUUUUUUUAUUAUAUACAUUUACAAUGUUUCACAACUCAAGGUUAUGACCCCAAUGGGGUCAUGAAAAGUCAAUGAGAAGCUCCUAUUACUGUGUGUUUACAUGAUGUUUAGAAAAUUAAAGACAUGAACAAUUUUUUUAUUUGUGGUGCAUAGUCUGAGAACAUUAAAUGUGAAUUAAAUCAUA